AUGAGUGACGUAACCGUUGCUGCUGGAGAAAAAAGGGCUCGUAGUCCUGAUAUUCGAAUUAUGGACGUCAAAAUCGAGCAGUUAUAUGACGGGAACGGUGUGCAACCCUCGGAAUUUGUCGUUGUAUCGGAGAAUAAUGGUGACCCGCUCGAACUUCCAACCGCACCGGAUAAUACUCUAUUCAUGAAUACACUUCAAGCUUCAUUUCCCGGUGCAACCGGCAUGAAAUAUAAAAACCCAAAAACUGGCGCUCUGAGAGCAGUCGCAGUCGACGCCACGGGAACAAAACUUCUACCACCUCUGGAUGGCUGGGAUGACAAGGUAUUCAUGGUGAUCACCGCAAACACGCGACCAGAGCGAGGUUCGGAUGUGAGUGUGAAACGUCGCAAGAUUGGCAACAGUGAUGGAGAUUCGGACAGUGACGGUGAAGGCCGAGUUGGCCGUAAACGUGCUGCCGACGCUCGGGAUUCGGUGAAGCAGCCAGCGAUGCCGCGCCGUCCUGUUGAUCUCAUCGUGCUCGGCGUGAAUUACAAGACUACAGACGAAGAUUUCAAGAAGUACUUUGAAGCAUUCGGUACCGUCUCAUUUGCAGAGAUCAAAAGAAGUACAGAUGGCUCAUCUAAGGGAUUUGGUUUUGUACAAAUGAGUACAUUGGAAGAGGAGGACAAAGUAAUGGCGACUGCCGAGCAUAUGAUCGACGGCAGACGUUGCGAAAUUCGCAUUCCUGACCAGAAACACACCGAUUCCAGUGGGAAUCGCAUUGCAGCCCCUAGAAAAAUUCUGGCCAAUAAGAUAUUCGUGGGACGGCUCACAGAGAAAAUCACUGAGGAGACACUGCGAGAGUUUUUUGAAAAACAAGCUAAACUUGUCAACGAAUCUGCAUCGGUAACCAAUGUGCUUAUUCCACGACCGUUCCGUGGUUUUGCAUUCAUUACAUUUACGCACGCCGAAGUCGCUGAUAGGAUGGUCAAGGCGAAUAAUUUCGUUAUUGACGGAAUGUCAGUCGUCGUGACUUUUGCUGUUCCACGUGAGACUCCUCAGCAAGCAGGGCAAUCUGCUCCAGAAGUUCCCUCUGGCUAUGUCAACGAAUUUGGCUCUGUAUACGGUUAUGGGAAAGGCGGUGGUUAUGAGGAAGCGCCAAUUGGGCUUAUCCCCUUUGCUGCGAGGGAAAUGUUUGGCUACAGCCCUCCUGCUGGAGUUUACCCUCGACCGUCGUUUGAAGGAUGGGUAGCACCAGCAUCAGCCGUUCAAGGCACGCCUCGCUCAAGCCGCGCAGUUGGUGGAGGACACGAUCAAUCAAGAAAUCGACAUCCUGUUAACGAUGUUCAGUCUGCAGCGUUUCCAGCGGCAGCUCUGCAAAAAGGAGCACAAGGUCCCUCAUCUGUUGUGCAGCCGCUGCCAUACAUGUAUUCGAGAGAUCCAAGAGAUGGGUUGGGACAAGCGGCUUCGAAUCAAAUAGCCAGUGGAUUGGAUGCUCUCAAUCUUAAUCAAAAGAACCCUGAACUUAUGAGUGCGGCCUGGAACGCUUUCUUCAAAACGCUGACCAGGGUGGUGCUACACCUCAGCAACGAAAGCAGUGGUAAUUAUGCAUGGAAAUCCAACGGCGACGGCUAG